UGUACUCAAACAGUUUAGCCUCCCGGGCUCAUUUUAAAAUUCAUAACCAGUUCUUAACCAUGACGUCAUUGAUAUGAAUAGAAUACGUUGGGUUAUGAAUUGGCUGACCUUGAAUUAGAACCAUCCUCAAAAGAAUUUGCUUAAUGUAGUCAACUUAACGCUGAGAAGAAUACGUCGUGUCAAGAUAUUUGCUGGUUGAGAUAUCAGUCAAAAUUAUGCUGAAGAGAAGUUAGACACAUUUGAACAAUGAAUUUAUUGAGGAGGAAGAGAAAGUGGAUGGGCCUAUAUAGGCCAGGCGCUGGAUGGAAUUGAGUGGGCCAGAUAUGAGCGGACUCCUGUGCCUCCUGUGGCUGUGCCUAAGCCUGAACCAGAGCACAGCAGCACUGGCACUUCCAUACAACUUCAACUCCACAGAGUUAAUGAAAUGCUCUUAUGGAGAAAGGGGAUCUCUCACGGCCACCUGUGUCAACGCUAAUGCCAGUUACUUUAAAAUGACCCCGUACAGAUUCGACCAGUUGGAUGAGACCUUGGUCUGUUCAUCUUGCAAUCUCAAGACCUUAGAAAGUGGAACUUUCGAUAUAUCCGGCAACCAAAUCAAGAACCUGCAGUUGAGUUACAGUAAAAUAGAGUUAUUGAAGCAAAAAGCUUUUGUGGGGCUGAUUUUUCUGAAGAAUCUGAAUAUGUCGCACAACUCCAUUACAUCUGUGUACCCAGGUACCUUUACGGGUGUCAAGAAGAUUGAAUCAAUCGAUUUAUCGUACAAUAACAUUACAGUUUUGUCCGACGACGGAUUUUUGGAACUAAUAAACUUGAAAGAACUCAACUUGGCAUACAAUAGCAUCAAGACUAUAUCAAGCAAGGCUUUUAAUGGCUUGGGGAACUUAGUGUUACUCAACCUUGAGAGAAACAAUAUAACAGAAGUUUCGGAUGUGUUGUCCAAGCUCAUUAACCUUCAAGUCUUAAAUCUCAGGGACAAUCAAAUUCUUAAACUGCAAGGCUCGGAAUUUACUAACUUGCUCUCCUUACUUCUACUGGACUUAUCUUUCAACAAGCUCGAUACUCCCGUUAUUGAGUUUUAUCCUAAUAACUCUCUCAAAUCCUUAUACAUAACAAAUAAUUACAUACGAAGCCCGUCUCUUGGAUUCCUCAACGGCCUCCACAACUUAGAAACCUUGGAUCUAAGCUACAAUACCAUCGUUGAGAUCCAAAAAGCGACUCUUCUAGGUCUAUACCAUCUACGAUUCCUGAACAUCAGUUACAACCGAAUCACUACAUUUCAGACAGGAGUGUUCACAGGUCUCCCUUACCUCGAGUUGCUGAACAUGUCUCAUAAUGCAAUAAGUUACGGAGAAAUUACUGGAGUAUUUUCCUUGCACAGCUUAUUCGCACUAGAUCUCUCGCACAAUAAAAUACCUCGCUUGGAUUACGAAGCUUUGAUAAGCAGGCUACCGAGAUUGUCUUACCUCAGGCUAGAAGGAAACCCACUACCUUGUGACCUUGAAGAAGAAAUGAACACAUACUUUGAGGCUGAUAACUUCAAGUUUGUUCUUCACGAUCCAUAUAAUAACACUAAGUCAUGUGUCCUGGAACCUACGAAGCAUUCAGAAAAGGUCAUUAAAGAAACUGUUCCAGAGCUUGAUGAAAAUCGUAGUGCUGGGAUGAGUGGUGGUGAAGUGGCAGCAGUUAUAUUGUUGUGUUUAGCAUAUCUUUGUUUGGGUUUGUUGUUCUACGUACAGUAUCGUACGUUUCGAGAGAGUAGAAAUCAAGGACCUCAUAGAGCGACGUCAUCGGUCAACCUUAUUUCUGCUGAAGACGGAAGACCUGGAGAUGAAUAUCUUAGAGAAUAAGGACUUGUGUAGUGCGUAGUUUGAAACUUACAGUGGUUCUAGCUUGCUUCAAAAAUACGCAUCCGAUUUAAGUAUUUUUGUUAACUUUUAGAGAUCAAAUGUCACAAAAAGAAGUGACUUAUUGACCAGUUGUUAACAAUUUCAUUUGUAGAUACAACCUGCUGACUGAUAUUCCAAAGGGACGACUGUGAUUCCAGGAUAUAGAAUUUAUCAAUCAUAAUAACGAUUGCGUGUGGAGAAUGUAGAGCCUAUUACAAGUUAUUCCUCACACAUUUAUCUGCGUCCCAAUUGGAUUGAAAAAUUUUUACGAGUCACCAAUGGCAAAAUUCAGUGUUCCCCAAAGAUGGGCUAUGAUUCUUUGGAACAUUCUAAGAUUUUUGAAGUACCGCCUUGAUUCGAAGAUGCAGAGCGAAUAAAAAAUUCACAAUGAUUUUAACUUAUAUUUGCAAAAGCCACUUGCAAAGUAGCUUGAUCUACAAAACUCUUCAAAACUAUCUUCGAGUAACAUAUGAGGAUCCUCAAGUCUGGCAAACCUUUCAAUACGUCAGGGUCAUUUCUUAUUAUUUAAAAUUUAACGAUUUGUCAUAAUCAAUCACCAUAUCAUCCUCUGGCAUUAUGUAAAAUUGUAAGAAUAACCUGGGGCGGUCGUAUAGGAAGUAACUCGAACUAUCCAAUGCCCGACCCAAGUUUUUCUCUGCCUAAUGUAACUCAACAGAACAUACCUUGGUGUAUUUAAAAGCAUUUAACAGUUUACGAUGAAGAUAUUGGAAUCGUAAGCUCUAGUUGAAUAUAACUAAAGGUCUUAACAUCCUUUAUAUAUUAAGAAGUUUUACGGGAUUUUUGUUGGUAAAUUAUAUUACAUUCGAAAAUAAAUAGUCUUUUUCUGUGUGUUUUAGUAAUCGUUGAGUGUCCCAAAAAUCUUAAAGUAGUCCAAAGAAGCGAUCCUUGAAUAUUUUCCCAAUGUUUGACAUACAGUGUAGGCGAGAGUAUUUACAAUAUGAUAGUAUCCUGUACAGGCUCAAAUAUUUCAUGUAAAAAAGCUUGUAUCUCAGAAAUAAUUGAAUGGAUUUACAUCAGUAGGUUAAUUAAAAAAUUUUGUACAGGUGAACCUUCAACUACGCUGCUGCACUUUUUAAACAAUUCAUGUUUGUGAGCUUUAUGGCUGUAAUGUAAUGACUAGACGAUUGUAAAUAACUUAUUAAUAAAAUAUACUGUUUUUACUCUUGUAAUGCUUACUUAAACAGAACUGUGUAGUAUGUGUAGGAAAAUAAGGCUAUAUUGUGGAACAUGGCGUUCCUUAAUGAUGUACUAUAGUAUUCACGAUGUGAUUCUUCAGUGCAUUUCAUGACGAAAAGAUCAUAAGGCGAGCGUUCAAGAGAUUAUUUAUUAUAUCUAAAAAUAUUUGCCAUUGCUGUGGGUAAAUUAGAUUUACUGGCCUCAAAAUAUAACGCGAAGAGUGAAUCACAAAAAUUGAAUUCCACGUGAGACCGACAUUUCGUUCUCUCCUUAGGAUUAAAUACCCCUGAAAUGUUUCAGCAUCAAGAUCCUUUACCAAUGAAACAAUACAUACUCUUAUACAAACUGCAUAAAUAUUCUAUUAUACUAAUCUUUUCAUUCAAUUUGCGCCUACAUUUUUGAU